AUGCUGAACGGCUUCGGCACGGUGGUGAACUCGCUUGGCCCGCGUGUCAAGCCCUACCUGCCACAGAUCGCAGGUAUCAUCAGGUGGCGGCUGAACACACCUUCGGCACGCGUUCGUCAGCAGGCGGCCGACUUGAUCGCGCGCAUCGCUGUGGUCAUGAAGCAGUGUGGCGAGGUAACGGCAACGGUUCAAGUGUGGGAGUCGAUCUUCGCAAGCUGGCCAGCUGAAGAGCAGAGCUUUGGCUCUUCAAGCACCUAUGCCCCUUCCCUCAAACUGAUGGAGCACUUGGGCCUCUUCCUGUACGAGUACCUUGGUGAGGAGUACCCAGAAGUCCUGGGCUCCAUCUUGGGCGCGCUCAAGGCCAUCGUCAACGUCAUCGGCAUGACGAAGAUGACGCCACCCAUCAAGGACCUGCUUCCCCGGCUAACGCCCAUCCUGAAGAACAGGCAUGAGAAGGUGCAGGAGAACUGCAUUGAUCUGGUGGGCAGAAUUGCGGACCGCGGGGCGGAGUUGGCGCCGCCACGCGAGUGGAACCGCAUCUGCUUCGACCUCCUCGAGCUGCUCAAGGCCCACAAGAAGGCCAUCCGCCGAGCAGCGGUCAACACCUUCGGCUAUAUCGCCAAAGCCAUUGGUCCUCAUGACGUCCUCAGCACGCUGCUCAAUAACCUCAAGGUCCAGGAGCGUCAGCUGCGUAUUUGCACGACUGUGGCCAUCGCGAUUGUCGCAGAAACUUGCGGCCCGUUCACUGUUCUGCCUGCUCUGAUGAACGAGUACAGAGUGCCAGAGCUGAAUGUGCAGAAUGGAGUUUUGAAGAGCUUGAGCUUCAUGUUCGAAUACAUCGGCGAGAUGGCGAAGGACUACAUCUACGCAGUGACGCCCAUCCUCGAGGAUGCGCUAAUGGACCGAGAUCUCGUCCACAGGCAGACAGCUGCAUGGACCUGCAAGCAUCUGGCCCUGGGUGUCCACGGCCUCGGUUGCGAGGAUGCGCUGCAGCACCUGAUGAAUUACGUUUGGCCGAACGUUUUCGAGAACUCGCCGCACUUAAUCAUGGCUGUCUUUGAUGCCAUCGACGGCUUCCGCGUCUCUCUUGGACCGACCAAGGUCCUGCAGUAUCUGCUGCAAGGCUUGUGGCACCCAGCUAGAAGAGUGCGCGCCGUUUAUUGGCGGCUGUACAACAACCUCUACAUCGGAUCUCAGGAUGCCUUGAUCCCCUCCUACCCGAAGCUGGAAGAUGAUUCUGAGCACUGCUACCGCCGAACGGAGCUUGAACUCCUCCUCUGA